CAUUCGGAUAGCGUGGGCACCGUCUAACAUACAUCAUACUUCAUAUAUACUAGGUAUACCGUUGGGCAGCCUGCACUCGAGCGCACCGCACUCUCGAUUCUCCAGCGAUAGGUAGAUCUGAUCGGUGGCGAUAAUAUAUAACUGGCGUUCCCGGGGCUCAGCCUCAUUACGCACUUCUGCCGCGCCUGCAUGCCACGUUGCUGGACUUGAGUCUGCGAAAGCUGGGUGCCACUGACGGCGAGUCUGCGGGACGAUCUUCUAAGUUCCAAUCCGACCGAUAGAAUUUCACGACGAGAUAUGAAUCAUAUGAUACCACAGGGAAAAGGAAUAUGGAAGAAUGCGUCGCUGUAGUAACUACGAGAGGCAGGCGAAAUUCACGGCAAGAAAUUCAUGGCAAGAAAGAAAAAAAACUACAUAGUACCUGCGCAGCUACGCUACGCAGCCUGAAAUGCGGAUGCCCGCAACGGUUAACCUUCCUUUCUUCGGCGAGUUUGCUCCGUUCAGCUAGCGUCGUCCUCCGACUCGUCAUUACGGUCCUGAUGAUCUUCGCCAUCAUGAUUCAUGGUCGCUGUUGUCAACGCUGUCCUCUGAGUCGUCCUCGUCAUCGCCAUCGCCAUCGCCCUCCUCAACUAGCAAUCCAACUAGCUACCGGAAUUCAACCAUCGCCUGUGCCAGUCGCAUUGCCCUCCUUGUCGCUUCGACACAUGCAUCUUCCUCCCAACACGCCCAGACCUUAUCAUCCCCAAGCCAAAUACCUAGGCGCAUUUCGUCCUUGCGGCUUGCCCACCACCGCCACCACCGCCACCGCCACCGCCAUCCACUGCCGUCGAUGACUCCCCGGACCCCUGACCUCGCACCCCGAGAGGCCCCUGCUUCGACCGGCUCGCCUCUUACCGUGGGUCUUGACUCCUAAGGUGAACGGUCAGGUUGUAAACCGUCCUUGAGCCGUGAGUCCGUGACCAC